GAGCGCAGAGCGCAGAGCGCAGAGCGCAGAGCGCAGUGGCAGGGAUUUCCAUUUUUUUAAAAGCUCGAGGCACUGUUCCGCUUGUGGCCUCUGCUAACGUGAGCUGAAGUUGUGGGCAUUGAUUUAUACAGAAAUAGGAAUCUGGCGCCGCGUGUGAUUGUCAUGGCCGAAAGGGAAGCCACGUCUGGAGCGUCGAAGUCAUGGGCACCGGCGGUGGGAGGCUUCCUGAUAGCUUCCUUCGUCGGCGUGUGUCUCCAGAUUAUGUUCUUCUCGCCCAUAUCCCCAGACCCAGUUCUUGAAUUGCCUUCUGCCAGCUCCUCCUUUCCUGCACUCAACAACGAGUUGCAGAAGCUAAGUAAACUGGGAGAGGGCUUUCUGAAGGGUCCGGAAGAUGUUUGUGUGGAUUCAUCGGCAGGUAUUGUAUAUACCGCUACCAGAGACGGCUGGAUCAAGCGACUCCAUCCCAACGGAUCUUGGGAGAAUUGGAAGAACACCCACUCCCAAACUCUGCUUGGACUCGCCCAAUCCCCAUCCAAGGACGGCGGAAUCCUCGUUUGUGAUACUCUAAAGGGCAUCCUUAAGGUGAAGGAUGAUGGGUUCUCUGUUCUUGUUUCUUCACAUGUGAACCAAACCAGAAUUAUAAGCUUUCCAGACGACGUGGUGGAGGCGGCAGAUGGCAGCCUUUACUUCAGCGAUGCAAGCGCUAAAUUUGGACUGCACAAUUGGUAUUUGGACUUUCUGGAAGCGAAACCUCACGGUCGCCUCCUUAAGUACGACCCUUCCUCAAACCGAGUAUCCACCCUUCUGGAUGGUCUCCGUUUUGCCAACGGCGUUGCUCUCUCCGCAGACCAACGCUAUGUGGUGGUCUGCGAAAGCUUCAAAUAUAGAUGCGUCAAGUAUUGGGUGAAGGGGGAGAAGGAAGGGGAAACGGAAAUAUUGAUCGACAAUCUUCCGGGAUCGCCAGACAACAUAAACCUGGGUUCGGACGGGUCGUUUUGGAUCGCUGUGAUCCAGCCGGUUCGUGAUGGGUGGGAGUGGUUUGUGAGGUGGAAGAUGGGAAGGCACAUUCUGGCGAGUUUUCCGAGUAUGUAUGAGCUGCUUGUCAGCGGCGUAGGGCAGAGAGCAACGGUGGUCAAAGUGGGGGCGGAUGGGAGGAUUGUUAGGAGACUGGACGAUCCUGACGGGAAGGUUAUCUCCUUCCUCACAAGCGCUGUGGAGUUUCGGGAUCAUCUGUACUUGGGAAGUCUCAAGGUCGACUUCCUUGGCAAGUUGCCCUUAUCUUCUUCUCCUGCGGUGUCCACCGCUUGAGAUGCUUCUAAGGGUGAAGACUAUCUUUUGUUAUAAUUCUAGAAUGCUUUUAGUAUAAUUCAUUCCCGUGCUUAUAGAAUGCGACUAAGAUUCUUAAUUUGAUUUUAUAUAGCCAAAAGUGUGUCACAUUUUCAGCUGCAUU